CUUAAGACUACAGCAACUAGGUUGCUAAUUAAAAAAUAAAAAAUAAAAUCGCGUAGCGCCAUAAGACACCAUGCUAAAAGCGGGCGAAAUUGGUACACUGUAUCAAUUUCGCCGGUAGGUACUGUAAACCUAAUCACAUUCACCCGAAUUAACAAUACAAAACUAAUGUUGUUGUAACCACAUCUUUUCAGGUAUGGAUUUGCGUUUGUCUAUCAGUACCAGCCGUCAUGGCAAGUCUGUUUGGUUUGAGCAAAGGUAUUGUCUAUCUAAACAAACGAAUGGGAUCAAAGCCAUCGGAAAUGGAUUUCAGAGGAAGCUUUCAAAUAAUCGACUACGUCAUCUGCGUCCUUCUUUCACAAGGUGCAUAUUGCGGAAAUAGACAACUAGCAAUUCGUUUUGCAGCGGCUGCCUGGUGUCUAGCUUGUUUCGUUCUUGUUCAAGCUUACAGUUCAACGCUGAUUGCUUUCAUCACGUCACCCAAUAAUAAACCUAUCAUCAAUUCAGUGUACGAUAUUCAAAAAGUCCCAGGUCUUAAAAUUACAGUCAAUAGAAACUUCGCAGCAGAUUUAAGGCUGCUGCAAACCAAUUUCAGUAUUUUCAGGAAACUUGGUGAUUCAUUGAGAGAAGACCCGAGUCUUCGUUGAAAUAAAACGGAGCUUUGCCUUGAUAAAGUUCGAUCUGGGGAUCAUG